ACUCUACACACCACUAGUCCGUGAUUCUAUUUUAGUUUGCCUUGACUCACUGUCCGUUUGGGUUUAGCUCCAUAUCGGGACCCUCCGAUAAGUAUUACGGAGUCGAUAAGAUACAAACGGGCCUCUCCCGCCCACUACUUCCUCCUCCUCCUUCCUUUCAUGUACCAGUGUCCCGUCAUCCGCAAACACCACUAGAUCUAGAUCGUGGCGGUCUGCAAAUUCACAUUGUGGAUACUACGCGGCUCUCUCCGAGGGCAUGGCUCAGACUGUGAGAAACAACGGGUUGGCUGGGUUGAAGCUUGAGACAUCCUUUCAGCAUACACCUCGACCUCGGUGGCGGGGUGACGAUGGAGGCAGGGGAGCGUCGGAUGAGCGAGAUGGUAUCGAGGGCGAUCGUACAAACAUCUUUCACGAUUAUCACGCGCCCCGUUGCGGUACUGAUGAAGACAACAGUGCUUUGAGUGGUCUGCACUCAGCGACACCUCCCAUCUCGGUACCCCGUCAUGAUGACUAUCCCAAGCAAAACGUCAGCUUUCCUCACAAGCCCGAGGACGUGCAAGCAUCCUCUCCGCUUGACAGCUUUCUUCAAGAGCGCCGCCCUUCCAUCAGCUUCGACUCCACCGCUGUCCUCGACUCUGGCCGACGUCGGCCGCUAGAGGAUCCUUUGUCGAGAGGAGACGCCCGGAACCGGUCUCAAAGGUUCCAGGCCAAGAGUUCGAGCUUGAGGAACUCUCUGCCUCAAGAAGACGAUGCUGACAACGAUGGAAGACAGAUGGGACUCAGCUCUAGCCUUAGGAGACAGCGAGACCGACGAGCCUUCCCUACCGGGACUUCUCGCGACAGCUUCCCCGAAGAGAAUGGCGCGAUCGCACCUGAUAUUGAACAUCCUACCUCUCUAACUUCUGUUUCUACCGCCUCUCCCGUCACCGAGGAGUUGCGAACACCCCCAGAAGAGUCUCGGGGGAUCUUGGCAUCUCCGAUCUGUGUGGCUUCGCCUGCACAGACCUUCGCCUCGCUCGAUGAUCGCAGCUCCUGGUCCGGCAGCGUCAUGACGCCCUUUGGAAGCAAAGCCCGAGGCCUUCGGGUCUCUACGCGCCAGCGGUCUCGCAGGUCUACCGCCUCGAGCAGCAAAUCUCCGGCGAGUAUGUUUCUCUCUAUGUGGAGUGCUGGCGGUGAAGAGCCUGCCCCGCAACCCGAUGACGAGGGUCAAAUGGUGGGGACUGAAUAUGUCCUGGGGAAGCAGAUCGGAUUUGGGGGGUUCAGUACCGUGAAAGAGGCCUAUAAGGUCGAGGAGAGCGGCAGAACGAAAAACCUAGCCGUCAAGAUUGUCAAGAAACAAAUCUCUGGACGGAGCGAGAAAGAAAACGACGAAGUGCAAGCUGAGUUUGACCACGAAGUCCGAGUCUGGCGAUAUCUCAGCCAUCCAAACGUACUGACACUGGAUGCGGUCUACGAAACCGAUUACGCCACAUUCUGCUUCACGAAGCUGGCUAUCGGUGGCACUCUCUUUGACCUCGUUCGACAGAACCGCCGUGGGUUGGACAUGCGGCUGGCCAAGAAAUACUCGUAUCAGCUGGCAUGCGCCCUGAGGUACCUUCACGAGGAUGCUCGAGUGGUCCACAGGGACAUCAAGCUGGAGAAUUGCUUGUUAGAUCCUACCGAAGCCUCCGAUGGAACAGAGACAUCUAACCUCGUCCUCUGUGACUUUGGGAUGGCGGAAUGGAUGAACACGGACAACGACGAUGCUUCCCCUGAUCCCUACGAUAACGCGGCGGACCGUCCGCCGCCGAAGACCAUCGGCCCAGCUGGUUCCAGCACCAGCGUGGCGGGAAGCCUCGAAUACGCUUCCCCCGAGCUCCUUCUCUCCACCAAUGGAGUCAUCAGUCCUUCGGUGGACAUGUGGGCCUUUGGUGUCAUCGUGUUUACCGUCAUCGUCGGGUCCCGGCCAUUCCAGGAUCCUUUCGCUCCGCGGAUCCAAUCGAACAUCCUCAGUGGAAACUGGAAUCGACACGCUGUGCUCGGCGAAGAAGCGGAUGCCCGGCUUCGCCAGGAUAAAGAAGAUGCUUUGGAGUUGAUAAUGGGAUGCUUACAUAUGAACGUUAAUAAACGGUGGACGAUCCGCGAUGUGCUCUGCUCUCGCUGGCUGCGGGAGUUUAAUGAAAGCGCCGAGGACAGCCCUACCGAGUCGGUGUGGAAGCUAUAAGGCUUCGCUUUGAACUGCGAUGCAGUACUCGACAUAUACCCUCCCUUCAGUAUAUUCGUUUGCCGUGCGGGCUGGAUGUUAUACGUUAUUACGAUUGAGCGAUGA